CUAAUGCAUCUAACGUGUCCGCCUGGUCUGGUCUGAAACCCCAACGUUUGCGACGUGUGUGGUGGGGCUUUCGUCUCUGAAAGAAGGAGAACAAUCCCACGAUUAUUAUGAAAAUUCGUGCGGCAUGAUUAUAGGUUGGCUUGGUUAGAUUCGUUAUUCGUCAGACUGCCGUGCAGUGGUGAUGUUUGCAUAUAAAGGUCUUUCAAGAAGGGUAGCGUGCGCGCUCCGGAGCCCAGCCAGAGUCGUACUGGGUAUUGAGACGAGCUGCGACGAGACGGGCGCUGCGGUCAUGGACGAGACGGGGAGAAUCCUGGGAGAAACUCUGCACUCACAAAAAGAAAUUCAUUUGAAAGCAGGAGGAAUCAUACCCACAGUUGCCCAGCGUCUUCAUAAAGAGCACAUCUGCAGAGUGGUCCAGGAAGCUUUAGACAGGAGUGGUGUUGCACCCAGUGAACUCUCUGCUGUUGCAACAACCGUGAAACCAGGUCUGGCACUAAGCCUUGGUGUUGGUUUGAAGUUCAGUCUGAGUUUUGUGAAGCUUCACCAAAAGCCUUUCAUCCCCAUCCAUCACAUGGAGGCCCAUGCCCUUACUGUGAGGAUGUUUCAGCCGGUGGAGUUUCCUUUUCUAGUGCUUCUUGUAUCAGGAGGUCAUUCUCUUCUAGCACUUGCAAGGGGAGUAGAUGACUUUGUACUUCUAGGGCAAACACUGGAUGAGGCCCCAGGAGACACUUUGGACAAGGUAGCAAGGAGAUUGUCUCUUGUUAAGCACCCAAAGUGUUGUAGUCUUAGUGGUGGACAAGCAAUUGAGCUUUUGGCAAAAGAGGGUGAUCGACUCAAAUUCCAGUUCAAAAUACCAAUGGGACAGCACUAUGACUGCAAUUUCUCAUUUGCUGGUCUGCGCAACCAGGUGACAAUUGCUAUAAACAAAAAAGAGAAGGAGGAAGGCAUUCUGCAAGGCCAGCUGUUAUCAUGUGUGCAGGAUAUAGCUGCUGCGACACAACACACUGUGGCUUUACACAUAGCCAAGCGGACCUUCCGGGCCAUUUUGUUCUGUAAGGCAAAAGGUCAUCUGCCACAAAGCAACCCAACGCUGGUUGUGUCAGGAGGAGUAGCCAGCAAUGAAUACAUCAGGGAAACAUUGAGGAUUGUCACAGACGCCACUGGUUUGCAAUUACUCUGUCCUCCAUCAGAAUUCUGCACAGAUAAUGGAGUCAUGAUUGCAUGGAAUGGUGUAGAGAGGCUAAAGGAAGGAAAGGGGAUUGUGUCACACACUCAGGAGGUCUGCUAUGAACCAAAGGCUCCACUUGGUAGGGAUAUAUCUACAGAGUGGAAUUCUGGAAGCCUGGCAAAGUUGUCCACUGAUGACAAAGCCAGCUUAGUACUGCUGUUGUGAAUGCCUGAUCAUUAAAGUCAGAUAGCAUUAUCCUGGCCCAGGGUUUGCUGGGAACUGCCGGAAGAUCCCUCAACAAAUCGCACUC